GGUGUCCAAAUUCUCAUAGAAAAGUUAUGGCGGUGAUGAGUCAUCAUAAGUGCGAUGGUGGUGUAAUGGUCAGCAUAGUUGCCUUCCAAGCAGUUGAUCCGGGUUCGAUUCCCGGCCAUCGCAUAACAUUUUGUUUAGAUGAUAUUUAUUCUUUGAAGCGAAAUGAGAAAACUCUUCGUCAGUUACUAAUUAAUUAUCCUUUUGCUACUUCGAGUUAUUAUCAUUAUGCUGGUCACGUUCCAAAUAACAAUGGUUCUCUAUAUAGUUUCUAGCAUGUAAUAUUCCUUUCCGAAUGGAAUGCGAGGUACGUUCGUGGAACGAAAACAAACUUUUUUUUGUUCAGGUGCGUUGUUUUCGUACGAUUUCGUUGGCAGACCUGCAAAACAAAUCCAUAACCUAGAUUCUUGGGGUCCGUCAUUCGAAGCGGCGUAUCUGUCAGUGUCGGUCGUCUCCGUGCGAAGAAGGUGUUGCGAUCGCAAGGAUGGAAGACGCGAAGUAGUGUCGAUUAUUUGGAGUAUUCACUCAGGUGAGGAGGAGGAGUAGUAGAAGAAGGAGUGAUCCUCGUCGUGCGUUCAGUGUUGUUGUUUGUGUUGGGGGAAGAUUUCUGCCUCUCGUUUGUCUGUGGAGAAGACGAUCAUGGAUAACCUGUGGGUAGGGUCCGACACCGAUCUGUCCAUCCUGCAUCAGUGCAGGAUGGCAGACAGGCUCGAGUACAGAUUGGAGUGUCUGCGGAGGAAUUGUCGUGGCGGCAGUGGAGGAGCAGGCGGUGGCGGAAGCUCGUCCACCUCGGCGGAGGACUGCAACGACGAGGAGGAAUCCAGCAGCAGACGAAGGUCAGGCACUUGGCCACGCACAAGAUCGUUAAAUGCACCCUCGCCAUUCCAGCAGUUCGGUCCCUGCGGCAGGAUUAUGAAGAAUUCCGCUAUGGUUAUGACCAUCCAGGAUCCAGCUAGUCAACGCCUAACAUGGUACAAACCUCCCCUGACCGUUCUCGUGAUAAAGAAGGUCAGAGAUGCUUCCGUGCUCUCGCCCUUCGUCCAGCUCGUCAAAUGGUUGAUGCAAGAAAAGCGAAUGGUUGUGUUCGUGGAGGCGGCGGUGAUGGAAGAGACGCAUUUGGAUCAGUAUCCUGAAUUUUCUUCGAUCAAGGACAAGCUGAUGACGUUCAGGGACGGCAAAGAUGAUCUCACUGACAAGAUAGACUUCAUCAUCUGCUUGGGAGGUGAUGGCACAUUGCUGUACGCGAGCCACCUCUUCCAGCAGUCGGUGCCGCCGGUGAUGGCGUUCCACCUUGGCUCACUGGGUUUCCUCACGCCCUUUCAGUUCAACAAUUUCCAGGAGCAGGUGAACAACGUGCUCGAGGGUAACGCGGCGCUCACGCUGAGGAGCCGACUUCGGUGCAUCGUGAUGAAGAACAAGGAGACGCAGAACAGCGCCAACAAGAAGGCCCCUACGAAUCUGCUGGUGCUGAACGAGGUGGUGGUCGAUAGGGGACCAUCCCCGUACCUCUCCAACAUCGAUCUGUUCCUCGACGGCAAACACAUCACGUCUGUGCAAGGGGAUGGAUUGAUCGUGAGCACUCCUACCGGCAGCACUGCGUACGCGGUGGCGGCGGGCGCCUCCAUGAUCCACCCCAGCGUACCUGCAAUCAUGGUCACACCCAUCUGUCCUCAUUCACUUAGCUUUAGACCCAUCGUCGUUCCGGCCGGCGUCGAACUCAAGAUAGCCCCAAGCCCGACGGCGCGUUCCUCCUCUUACGUUUGCUUCGACGGUAGAAACCAGCUUGAAUUAAAGCCGGGCGAUAGCUUGAGGGUGACCACCUCCAUUUACCCCGUGCCCAGUAUUUGCGCGCAGGACCAGAUCACCGACUGGUUCGACUCCUUGGCUGAAUGCCUGCAUUGGAACGUGAGGAAGCGACAGAAGCACCUGGAGGAGCUCACCGACCUCACGCAUUCCAGCUCCAACGACACGUUGGACUCGCUGGAAACGCCCGAAGAGAAGGAAUCCUAGUGUUUUCUUCGACAUCACACCAAUCCCACUCUUUCCCCUCGGGCGCCCGCAAAACCAAAAUGUGCCGAAAUAUAAAAAUUUGAAACAAAAUAAUAAUAAUAAUAUAUAAC